GCAAACGAUGGGGACUAAAUUGUCCGUUUCGCUCGAGGGCGCCACCAAACCUGAGAUUGCACCGCGAGUCGAUCGUCCGCCCACAUUUGAUCCUCAAGCUGGUUUUACAAAGCCGAGAAAGAAAAUUUGUAUGUGCUUCUGCCAUAACACUCUUAGAAAAAUUGAUUUUCAUAUUGUACCAAGAAAACAACUCAGUUAUCGCACUAAGGUGCAGCAAUCUGAACUAGAACUGUGUUAUACAUUCGCAGAUUGUGGAGGAGAUUUGAUAAAAACUGGUAUCAAUCCGCGGUCAAAGAUGAAGGUGUCAUGGGAGGAAAUGAAUCAAUAUAAUUUAAAGCCAGGUCAACGGGAUUACUGCGCGCAUUUACUGAUCCCACUUAUUAAGUGUCAGAAAGAAAACGCUCCUUUCGCAGGACAUUUAUGCGAUUCACAGCGAGUCGCAUGGGACAAGUGCGAAUAUGAGGACUAUAUCAUGCGUAUCAAGGAAUUCGAACGUGAACGUCGUCUCUUGAUGCGAAAACAACGCAAAGAAGCAAUGGCCGCCGCUUAAAG